UCCAUAUCUGACAAGUGGGAGGAGGGGGCUGAAUGUUAGCUAUUGGUGGUGUUUGAAACUCAUGUAAAUGAAGAUGAAAAUUAAGUGUUUUACGUAAAAUGAGGUGCUAUUAACUUAUGAUUAAUUAAGUUUUACAUGAAACGCACCGUUUAGCAGUUUGAAAAGUGUGCCACGAAUAUCUAACUUUUGUCGGAGAAAAGAACGGGGCCAUAGUGACAAAAAAAAUCUCCCACGGUGAUAGCGGAAGGUUGAGGAACGGACGAAACUGGCCUUGGAAAGCUCGAGGUAUAUAACUAUAUAUAUAGGGCGGGUACCAUUCUUAUGGUUUCAAAUUAACUACAAGUCUGCAACGCACAAAAUGGCAAGUGGGUUGUGGUUUCUGGGGAUAUCACUUGCUGUCCUACUACUCUGUUACGUGGGAACAAACAGAAGGGGUGAUGGGCAGCGGCCGCCUGGCCCCAGGACGCUGCCCAUAGUCGGUAACCUACUCGACCUGCGCGGCGGCAACCUCCACCACAAACUCGCAAGCCUGGCUCACGCCCAUGGCCCCGUGAUGACGCUCAAGCUUGGCCUCGUCACCACCGUGUUCAUCUCCUCGCGCGACGCUGCGUGGGAAGCAUUCGCCAAGCACGAUCGGCGCCUUGCGGCGCGCACGGUCCCGGACACGAGACGUGCGCUCGCGCACGCGGAACGAUCAAUGGUUUGGCUGCCGAGCUACGAUCCUCUAUGGAAGACCCUGCGCAGCAUCGCGGUAACGCACGUCUUCUCGCCACGCAGUCUCGGCGUGGCGCGCAGCGCCCGCGAGCGUAAGGUGCACGACAUGGUGGACAGCUUCCGUCGCCGCGCUGGGCAGGAGGUUGAUAUCGGCCAGGUCCUGUACCAUGGCAUGUUCGACCUCCUGGCGAACGUGCUUCUCUCCGUCGAUGCCCACCCCAAUUUAAGGGAUCUUAUGGAGGAUAUCGUUGCAAUACUUGCGAAGCCGAACGCGUCCGAUUUCUUCCCGCUGCUCCGGCCGCUAGAUUUGCAAGGCAUUCGCCACUGGACGGCCAUACACAUGAGUCGAGUCCUCCAUAUCCUGGACAGCAUAAUUGACUGCCGUUUAGCCCAGGGCACCGACGACCAGUGCAAGGAUGUGCUGGACUCUCUCCUUGUGCUCAUGUCCACCGGCAAGCUCUCUCGCCGUGACGUGAAAAUCCUUUUGUUUGACAUCCUUGCAGCAGGGACCGAGACGACCAAGAUCACGGUGGAGUGGGCCAUGGCAGAACUGCUGCGCAACCCUAAUGUGAUGGCCACCACGCGAGCAGAGAUGAAGGCCGCACUUGGAGGCAAUGGGACGAUCACGGAGGCCGAUGUGGUGAACCUUCCGUACCUCCAGGCCGCAGUGAAGGAGUCGAUGCGGCUGCACCCUGUGGCACCCCUCCUGUUGCCGCACCUGGUGGUCGAGGACGGCGUGAGGAUCGGCGGCUACGCCGUGUCCAAGGGCACGACGGUGAUCUUCAACUCAUGGGCGAUAAUGCGUGACUCUACCGCAUGGGAGAGACCGGACGACUUCUUGCCGGACCGUUUCUUGGGCAAGACGGAGCUGGACUUGUGGGGGAAGCAGGCCAAGUUUAUUCCGCUUGGGUCUGGCCGAAGGCUGUGCCCUGCUUUGCCAAUGGUAGAGCUCGUCGUGCCAUUUACAGUCGCGUCAUUGCUGCAUGCGUUCGAGUGGCACCUGCCCAAAGGCAUGUCGGCUGAGGAGGUGGACGUCACCGAGCGGUACACAAGCAACGAUAUCCUUGUUAUGGCUACCCCUCUCAAGGCUGUGCCCCUCAUCGUCACCUAGUUACUGUUGGACCGUAUGAGAUAUAUAUACUCGUUUAUUGUAUGGAAAAUUUAAAUAAAGUGUUGAUGACAAUAAAAACAUGGCAAAAAAAGGUCAUGCUAAAAUUUAUCUUA